CUUGUGAUUUCUGCUGCAGCAGCGCAGCGCAUCUCUGUUCGUCGAUCUUCAUCUUCAUUGUCACUCCGCCCCCUCCGCGCACGCUCUUUCACACUUGCUGUCGUCCCUUUGACAGACCAUCACUCUCGACGUCAACGCGCAAAUCAGCACUUACAAGGCUAUCGAGCAUUGCUUGCCAGCACAAUCAAGUUACACUCCCACACCAAGAGAAACUCCUAUCAUGGGCAGAAGAGCAUUCUGCGUUCCCGCGCUGGUCACGGGCUUCUUGGCUUUUGCUCUGCUCUUGCUGUCCACCAUCAGCACUCCUCUGGAGGGAGCCAACAGCUCUCCAUUCUACGUGGUGCAGGGUACGAACCUCAACAAUGCCACCGACAGCGCUAGCAAUGCGAAUCAGCAGAGACAGCUCAGCUCGAUCCGCCUUGGCAAUUGGGGCUACUGUACUAAAGGGACAGGCGAGGGUGGCUUCUCCUACUGCAGCGACAACCAGCAUGCAUACAAUGUUACUUUGAACUUGGGCUCCAACGGCACGGACAUUGCAAACGAAGAUCAAUCCGCCUACCGCUCGACUGAGAUUGGUCCUUCCUGGACCCGAGGUCUGGUGGUUGUCGUAGUCGCAUUCGUCUUCUCCAUCAUCGCAUUUGUCCUCUCUUUCCCUCCUCACCUAAUCGUUCAGCUAGUCGCUUCUCUGAUUUGGCUGCUCACUGCCGUGCUCGCGCUCAUCGCUUUCGCCAUUCAAAUUGCCCUCUUCAUCUACACGCGUCAGCGACUGCAGCGCAUCUCUCCCGACGCGUCUGUCAUGCCAGGCCCCUCGUUCUACCUAACGCUCAUCUCGAUUCCUCUGUCGCUCUUCAGCGCCAUUACCGUCUGCUGCGGCUACCGCAAGACGAAGAAGGAGGACAGCUACGGCGGCUACAAGGCCGGAUCUGGAGCUAGCAAGCCUGCCAGGUUCAACCCUUUCAAGCGCAACAGAGGAGCUAACGCUACUGAUGCAAGCGGAUCUUCCAUCCCCUUGUCCUCUCGACAGCGUGUCAUGCAAGCUUUCGAGAAGGACAACAGUCAGGCUUGAUUCGGGCUCUUCCGAUUCCUUGCGGCUUGCUUGCCUUGCCAUUUCGACAUUUGUGUCCGCCCGUCACCCCGGGCUCGUGGCUGUCUUCAGUCCGCUUCUCGAAGGACGGAGAUGUUUUCUUGACCACAUGUACAUACAUUGCGAGGACGUCCAAGCCCCACUGACACCUGCUUGCACAGUCUGCAAACUCGAAAUGCUCAACUUGUUAUCCCCCUCGCCUUUCCGACCCCAUCUAUACCGUCCAUGCGCCCUUUGCGUCUGCGUCUUGGCGUCCUUGCAUCUAUCGGAGGUGCUCGCCGCUACGGUGAGCUUUCCUCGAGCACCUCUUUUCUCCCUCGCCUGCAACACUCUUGUGCAA